AUCUCUCAAGAACUAAAGACGCAUAGCACAUCACAUCACACCACUCCUCUCCUCUCCACGGGACAGGGAUUGUUUAAAACCGGAGAUGGCGGAGCGCUAUGACUGCCACUACUGCAAGGAGUCUCUGUUCGGGAAGAAGUACGUCCUGCGGGAUGAAAAUCCAUACUGCGUGAAGUGCUAUGAAAGCCUCUACUCCAAUACCUGCGAGGAGUGCAAAAAGCCCAUUGGCUGCAACAGCAGAGAUCUGUCUUAUAAAGACCGGCACUGGCACGACGACUGCUUCCACUGCUUCAAAUGUCACCGUUCUCUUGUGGACAAGCCAUUUUCUACCAAGGACGAGCAGCUACUGUGUACCGAGUGCUACUCCAAUGAGUAUUCCUCUAAAUGUUUCGAAUGCAAGAAGACAAUCAUGCCAGGCUCCAGGAAGAUGGAGCAUAAGGGGAACAGCUGGCAUGAGACCUGCUUUACCUGCCAGCGCUGUCAGCAGCCCAUUGGAACCAAGAGCUUCAUUCCUAAGGACAACAGUAACUACUGUGUGCCGUGCUACGAGAAGCAGUUUGCUCUGCAGUGUGUGCAAUGCAAGAAGCCAAUCACCACCGGGGGCGUGACCUAUCACGACCAGCCCUGGCAUAAAGACUGCUUCCUGUGUACUGGCUGUAAGCAGCAGCUGUCUGGCCAGCGCUUCACCUCUCGUGAUGACUUUCCCUAUUGCCUCAACUGCUUCUGCAAUCUGUAUGCCAAGAAGUGUGCUGCCUGCACCACCCCGAUCAGCGGUCUGGGAGGAAGCAAAUACAUCUCUUUUGAAGAGAGGCAGUGGCACAACGACUGCUUCAACUGCAAGAAGUGCUCAGUGUCUCUGGUGGGCCGUGGAUUCCUGACAGAGAGAGAUGAUAUUCUGUGUCCCGAAUGUGGAAAAGACAUCUGAGCAGACAGCGCGGCACUGCAAUUCCUAACAUUUUAUUUUUUAACAAAGUUACAAAUUCUAUCAAAGCUGAUGUAUUAGUCUAACAAAAGUCCCAUUUAGAUAAGUCACUUUAAAGGGGCCUGUGCAUGCCAAGGCCUCGUAUUAAAAUCGUGUCUUGUUUAAAAUCGUCAACUAAAAGAAACAUGCAUUUUCUGAAGACAUAAAGCAUAUUUACUGUUUUAUUUGGAAGUGUUAUUGCCUAUUUACUAGUUGCUUGUGCCCAGUGUUGGGUGUAAUUAGUUACAAAGUAAUAGUUACUGUAUUUAUAUGAGUUUUCCAAAAGUAAAGUAAGGAAUUACUUUUAAUUUUUAGGUAAUCUAGCUACAUUUACUCAUGAACUAGCCUUAAAUAUUCAGAUUAAUUGUAUUAUUUUUUUUGUUAUACAUAUAUAUUUUGCUGAAUAAUUAUAUUUUUCGACUAAAGUUGGUUACAUUUAUCUAGUUGAUGAAUGGGCUAUAUGCUAGGCAUGGGAUGAUAAAUGUUUUCAAGGAAUAUCGCGGUUUGUAAAAGUCAAGGUUCUGUAGCCAAAGUUUUCUGCUAUACUGUUCCUACCGUAUAUGUAAGAUUUAAUUUUUUUUUAUGUUUUGUUUGAAGUUUUAAAGGACAACAGUAUCUCCAGCAGAAAAGAUAUCCAAAGAUGCCGUCUUAAAUUGUUAUGAAAUCUGUUUUUGAAACUACUGUAAAGAAGACAGCAGAAAUCAAAGAUUCAUUAAGCCUGACAUGUUUACUAUCCCAAAAUAUCUUAAAAGUUUCUUAAGAUAAAAUACAUUGUGUUUAAAGCAAAAAAUUUUUUUUAGCUUUUUUACCCAGACAUUUAAAAA